AUGUUCUAUUACAUGUUUGACAUCGGACACAUGAUUCAAAGAGAUAGAAAUAGGAAAACAGUUAUAGAUCAAUUACAAACUUUGAUAGAACAUAUAGAACAGGAUAGAGAACUAAACGAUAUAGACGAAUAUGGUGAUAGUGAUCUAGAUACUGUUGUUGGAAAUCUAAAUGACUUGCUAACGACAUUUAAAAAUGGCGAUUAUAAUAAUCAAGAUAUUAUGGUUAAUGCAAAGUUAAUGAAGGGCUUGAUGCUGAUAAACCAAACAGAAAAUGAGGAAUUCAACUACGAAUUGAAGAAACUGAGAAGAUCAUUAACAAAAUACUUCUUGGAAGAAGUUCAAAAUAAGCAAUACGAAAUAGAUGGAUCGUCGAUAGCAAAGAAUCACGUAGAAGUGAUUCGUAAUUCGAUGCCAUGUAUAUUCAGUUUAUUUUACAACAACAUAGAAUUAUUAGAAAUCUUGUCAACACAUACACUUGUUGAUGUUGAUAAGGACAAAACUCGAUAUGUGAAUAACAUGUUCAAAAAUAUUAUGUCCACUUUCGUACACCGUUUUAAAAAUUUUGGUGAAUUAAACAAAAAAGAAAUUUCGGACUUAGACAUAAUAACAGAAUUGUUGGAGAAGCUGGACACUGCAGGUAAAACGGAUCUGAAAAACACUGAAGAACCAACUACACCCGAAUUGGAUAUUAAAGAAUUAUCUGCUUCAACAGAGACUGCAGUCGCAGCAGUAUUGAAUCUAGCAGGAGAAGAGGAUGUAGAAACAUGGAAAAAUAAUUCAGUAUUUAAAUUCAAAAAUUUCCAAAAAGAUCAAAAUAAACAAUAUUAUAUUAAUUUGUUGGAGCUUAACGCUGACACAGCUUUUUCGUUGGUAGGUGCAUUUGAAAAAAAAUUCGUAGAGGGAAUUGAUUAUAAAAAAUUUCAUGAUGAAGGCCACCAGCUUGUUUAUGUUUAA